UGUCUAUGGUUCUAAGGCAUCAAGCAGCUGUUUUACCGAAAAGUAGCACCGAAAAGUGAACCUGGCCAUGUAGUUCCACCGGCUUUUUAAAAUGGAUCUAGUUGACGCUACUAUAUCAACUAGGAAAACGAUCUCACAAAAAAAGUUGGCGUGACCCCUCUCAGGCUUCACUCUGUUUAUUGUUGCAUCACGCGAUUGGAUUUUGUAUGCAAAAAAUUGAAAUACAAAUUCGGCUUCGAAUUAUGUAUAAUUGAAUUUUGCAUUUGUACCUGAACGUGAGAAUCUUAUAUUAUAAGCAAUGUGGAUGUGGAGGACAUCAAUUGUCAAUGCAUCGGAUCGUAUAUUUCCCGGUUUAGCCUAUUACGAUCGGAAAAAGGAAUUUUAUGAUGUAGGAAAUCAGAUACAAUCCAAUUUGCCACUCCAAAUGGCAUUGUAUUUUAAUGUAGGGAUAUUUCCAUUGUGGUUUGCUAUAAUAAUUGUUAAUUUGGAUGCAAAAGUAAAUACAAUAAAACAGAAAAUUUUCUUUAAAUAUUAUUAUUUGACAGAUGUAUACAAAGUUAUAACUAUAGCGGUAUUCAUUGUUAUUUCAACAUUGGAAAGUUUACGACUAUACUUGGGAUAUCUUGGAAAUUUAGCAGGAAAGAUUCCAGAACUGGCAAGUUUUUGGCUGAUAUCUACUCUCAUACAUUUUCCUUUAGAGAUGUUUCUUCUUUUUGAUAGUAAAACCAUACCUCAUCUUAGCGAAACAAUUGCUAAUGGCGUCAUGAGUUUUCUGCUCAUUACAGAAAUUAUUACAGCUACAAUAGCUCUGAAGCAGUUGGCAAAUCAUCAUGCUAAAAGAUUUUACAUUGCACAAUUAUAUGGAAUUGAUAACAUAGAGUAUAUCAAUGUAUAUUAACUUUAUUGCUUUUGAGUGAUUUUACUAUAAUAUAUAAUAUAUAUUAUAUUAAUAUUAUAACACUUAAUGUGUGCAAUGUGAUAUUUGAAUGAUGUUAGAUCUGAAUCAAACCAAUUUUAUUAAUAUUUUGAUACAACUUAUAGAUAUAUAAUAUAUAUAUUCUGUGUAAAGAAGUUCAUAAUUUCAUGCAUAAUAGAUAUCACACGCGAAAUUGUUCUCCUAACUUUAUUAUAUUAAUUGUUUUAAGCAUAAUUUGUUAAUUUAUCUUUUUUGUUGACAUUUUUCUGCAGUAUAAAUAAAUAACAUUAAAAU